AUUCCCUUGAUGGCAAGUGGGAAAUGGCUUCCCUCUUUUGUCAACCCACAUUAUCUUUUUGUUAACAUAGAAUUUUGGUACCAAUCUUCAACCUGUAAAUCUAUAUAAAUAUCAUUAAAUGUGAAAGUUUUUAAUUUGAAGAUGGCAAACAAGUGUAAUGCUAUUUUGUCCCUCCUCCUCCUUCUUGUUGGAACAUCACAUGGAGGUGGCAUAGCUAUAUACUGGGGACAAAACGGCAAUGAAGGAACCUUAUCUGAAGCAUGUGGCACUGCCAAAUACUCCCACGUUAACAUAGCAUUCCUCAACAAGUUUGGCAAUGGCCAGACCCCAGAAAUGAACCUCGCUGGCCACUGCAACCCCUCCAUCCUCAAUUCAUGCACCAAAUUCAGUGCUGAAAUCAAGGAUUGCCAGAGCAAAGGGAUCAAGGUUUUGCUCUCCAUCGGCGGCGGCAUCGGCAACUACUCCUUAUCUUCAAUUCAGGAUGCAAGAAAUGUAUCAAAGUUCUUGUGGAACACUUUCUUGGGUGGCAAGUCACCUUCACGGCCGUUAGGGGAUGCUGUUUUGGAUGGCAUAGACUUCGACAUUGAGCUCGGGUCAACUGCAAAUUGGGACCACCUCGCGCGGUUCCUCAAGGCUUAUAGCCGAAGGGGAAGGGAGGUGUACCUUGCUGCUGCUCCUCAGUGUCCAAUUCCCGAUAGGUUUUUAGGGACUGCCAUUAACACAGGGCUCUUCGACUUUGUUUGGGUUCAGUUCUAUAACAACCCUCCUUGCUCUUAUGCCAACGGUAACAUAACUAAUCUUCUCAAUUCUUGGUCACGGUGGACGAAUACCGUCCCCGCAACCAACAUAUUCUUGGGGCUGCCGGCUGCAGCCGGGAGCGGUUACAUUCCUCCUGAUGUGUUGACUAAUCAGAUCCUGCCGGAGAUCAAGAAGUCGCCGAAGUAUGGAGGGGUGAUGCUUUGGUCAAGAUUCUAUGAUGUGAAGAAUGGGUACAGUGACUCCAUCGUUAGCAGCGUGUGAAUGUCAAGAUUUAAGAGCAGUAGUUGCAAUGAAACAAUUAUUUUUAGGUGAAAACUCAUCUAACGAUUCUCAGUUAUCAACUUGAUGUAAAGUCAAGUGCACUUGAAAUUUCACCUUAUUUUGAUGGUUAUUUCAAUUCAAUAAUGAGGGGAGAAGAAAGCAAUUUCUUUUUCCUUUAAUUUGUUGUGCUUUCCAACUUGUGUUGAGCAUACUGCAAUAUUCAUGUAGGAACGUGAUACAAAAGCAAAUAAAUGUGAUAGAAUUGCUGUUUUUCAAAAUUAGUUGAAUUGCUAUCCUU